AUGGCCAGCAAGUUGCGGAUAUUGGUGCCUGUCAAGCGGGUGAUCGACUAUGCGAUCAAGCCCCGCAUUAACAAGACCCAGACGGGCGUUGAGAUCGCCGGUGUCAAGCACUCCCUGAACCCAUUCGACGAGCUUUCCAUCGAGGAGGCUGUGCGCCUGCGCGAGAACCACAAGAACAAGAAGAACCCCAUGGAAGUUGAAAACAUCCUUGCCUUGUCCGCCGGCGGCCCCAAGGCCCCCGACGUGCUGCGGACCGCGAUGGCCAUGGGCGCUGAUCGGGCAUUUCACAUCGAUGUUCCCGAGGCCGAUGGUAGCCCGGAGCCGCUGACUAUGGCCAAGAUGCUACGCGGAGUCGUUGAGAAGGAGAACAUUAACCUCGUUCUGCUGGGUAAGCAGGCUAUUGACGGUGAUCAAGGCCAGACUGGUCAAAUGCUCGCCGGACUGUUGGGCUGGCCGCAGGCUACCCAGGCCAGCAAGGUUGAGAUCAAGGAUGAGACUGGUACCGUUGAGGUGACGCACGAGGUUGAUGGCGGUGUCGAGACCCUGCGCGCUAAGCUGCCCAUGGUGAUCACUACGGAUCUGCGUCUGAACGAGCCCCGCUACGCUAGUCUGCCUAACAUCAUGAAGGCGAAGAAGAAGCCGCUGGAGAAGAAGACUCUAGCCGACUUUGGCGUGGAGGAUACGCGGCGGUUGAAGACUCUCAAGGUCACUGAACCCCCUGCGCGCAAGGGCGGUGGCAAGGUCGAGGAUGUCGAUGGCCUCAUCGGCAAGCUGAAGGAGCUUGGAGCUCUCUAA